CAUUCACUUCUCUCCUUGCAGGUUGCAAUUAAGUGUCAUUGUUUCCUUUGUAUUAUUGAAGAACUCAGUGAAAAACUCUGAAACAAUGGCUUGUCCAUGGAGGGAUGAUGCUGAUGAGUUUGGGGGAAGGAACCACGAUGAGGGGGAAAAAAGAGAGAAACGUAGUGGAAAGAUGAAGGAGGAGCCAGAAAAAAGCUAUGAGCAUGGAUACAACACUGGCUAUAAGAAGGGCUAUGAGGAGGGUUAUAAACAAGGGUGUGAAAACAGUACUAGGGAAAGUAAACUUGGUCAAGAAAGUGGCACCGUGAAGAGUGAAAUAUAUGGUAACACCGUGAAGGGUGAAUAUGGUUACAAUAAUGAUAGUGGUAAUUACAACGUGAAGAGUGAAUAUGGUUACAAUAAUAAUAGUGGUAAUUACACCGUGAAGAGUGAAUAUGUUUACAAUAAUAAUAGUGGUAACACCGUGAAUAGUGAGGAUGCUGAGUAUGGUCACAGCAGUAACAACGAAUAUGGCUGCACCUACAAUUCUCUAUCUCGCUAUGAAAAUGCGUUACGCGAUUCUGGUGAUCGGAAGAAUGACUGUGAUUAAGAUCUUCUACCUCUUUUAAGUUAAGGUGUGUGGUUGUGGAAUCAUAGUAGUGAUUAGUGAAGGCUUGUAUCACACCUUAGAGAUAGAGAUAAUGAGUAAGAAUUAGUUAUAUCAGUAUAUGAUAACUAGUUACUGAUGUUAAUGUUUGUUUUAAACGAUCGAGUAGUUUAAUUACAUGCUAUGUACGUAAACCAUAUAUGCAUGAGGUUAUGAACCAUUUGAAUGUUAAUUAUCCGGUAUAGUCAGACAAAGUUACAUGUUGAUGACUUGGUUAA